GCUUCAGACAUAUUUGUGUCCAAAUCUAUAAAGAUAAGUUCGCACGUAUAAAUCCAUCUAGUUAGUUUCGUGUUAGUAGUAUAUUACUUACAAAUGCUUCCAACCCACCAAACGUUUAUGGAUAUUGUUAUUCAAAUCACUUGCAUAGGAGAGCACAUAUAACUAUUUAUAAACCAAUGUAAAUUUCACAUUUUCACUAUCAAUGCUAGCAAUGCUCACUCUUCUUUUCUUGACGCUUCUGGCUCACGCCCAGCUAGUGCUCCCUACCUCUCUACAGCCCAGCAGCAUCUUCCUCCUCGCCGGACAGAGCAACAUGUCCGGCCGAGGAGGCAUAACAAUGAACAACACCUGGGACGGCAUCGUCCCGCCCGAAUGUAGGCCCAACCGAAACAUCCUCCGACUCACGGCAGCCCUCGCGUGGGUUCCCGCGACCGAGCCACUCCACAAGGACAUCAACGUGUACGCAACCGCCGGGGUGGGGCCCGGGAUGUCGUUUGCCAAUUCGGUGCUGGCGCGCGACUCAAGGCUCGGCGUGGUGGGAUUGGUUCCCUGUGCGGUCGGCGGGACCGCGAUUGGCCAGUGGGGUCGGGGCAGUUUUUUAUACGGCCAGUUGGUGAGGAGGGCUAGCGCCGCCGUGCGAGGCGGAGGGAAGAUCAAGGGGAUGUUGUGGUAUCAGGGGGAGAGUGAUACGGUGAGUUUAGAGGCUGCUGAGUCGUAUAAUGGGAGAUUGGAGAAGUUUUUUGUGGAUGUGCGGUCCGAUUUGAAGCUUCCAUUGCUUCCAAUUAUUCAGGUGGCAUUAGCAUCAGGACUAGGACCUUUCAUUGAGAAAGUGAGAGAAGCUCAGUUGGGAUUGAACCUAACAAAUGUGGAAUGUGUUGAUGCAAAGGGGCUGCAGCUGGAACCAGAUUAUGUGCAUCUAACCACUCAAGCUGAGGUUCAACUUGGAAAGAUGUUGGCCAAUUCAUUCCUCCAUACUGAACCCGUUUAAGUACUUGAAAUUAUUAGUGGAUAGUUGAAAGAAUAUAGGACUUUAUGAGAGUGAAUAAAUUAAUUUACUGGUUAUUAGGAAAUUAAAAACAUUGGCUAAUAUUGGGUGUCGUAUGAGAAUAUUUUAAUUACCAUCGCUUAAUAUUGACGGCAAAA